AGGCCUCUCUUAAGGCCCCAAGUCGCUGUAGCUGCUGGCUGCUGGCGAGUGUUUGCGGAGAGAAGAGGGAGACCAACUGGAAAUCGCCCCACGGACUCCUCCAAGAAGCUCCAGCGGGCGCCCCAUCACGGUCACUAACGAACGUAACGACACCGCCGAUACUUCAACCUCAACGUCGUCUCUUGCCUCUCCUCCACCCACAACCCUGCUGCCGCCGCCUCGCAGCUUGACGACCACCCACGCCUCUUUUUUUGCACCGGAAACUUCCCCCGCGAAGUGUGAUCACCGUCUGACCUCGAGUCUUUUGUUAGGGCCUCACCGACUCAUUCCGGGUGCGUUAUCAGCUCUAUCCCGGCUGCUCGUCCGGGCCUAAUCUAAUCUGAACCCCCUCCCUUCUAGGUCGUGCUUGAGGAGCCUGAGAAGCUUGAGGAGCGAGAGUUGAUCUCUCCGGUCGCUGUUCCUGUGGCUUCUUCGCC